CAUUCUAGGAGUGCUCCAGGAAUCAUGCUGGAAGAGUUCUGCAACUCUACUUUUUGGAAUUCCUCAUACCUGGAUAGCCCAGAGGCAGACUUACCCCUUUGCUUUGAGCAAACUGUUCUGGUGUGGAUUCCUCUGGGCUUCCUUUGGCUCGUGGCCCCUUGGCAGCUUCUCCAUGUGUAUAAAUCCAGAACCAAGAGAUCUUCUAACACCAAACUCUACAUCGCUAAGCAGGUGCUUGUUGGAGUUCUUCUUAUUCUAGCAGCCACUGAACUGGCCUUUGUGCUCACAGAAAAUGCUGGACAAGCCACAGUCCCUGCUAUUAAAUACACCAAUCCCAGUCUAUACCUAGGCACAUGGCUCCUGGUUUUGCUGAUCCAACGUAGCAGGCGGUGGUGUGUGAGAAAAGACUCUUGGUUCCUGUCCAUAUUUUGGAUUCUUUCAAUAUUCUGUAGCACUUUCCAGUUCCAGACUCUGAUUCGGAUACUCCUAAAGGAUAACACUUCUGAUCUGGUUUAUUCCUGCCUGUUCUUCACCUGCUAUGGCAUCCAAAUCCUGAUCCUGAUCCUUUCAGCAUUUUCAGAAAAAGAUGACUCAUCAAAUAAUCCAUCAUUCACGGCUUCAUUUCUGAGUAGCAUUACCUUUAGUUGGUAUGACAGCACCGUUCUGAAAAGCUACAAGCAACCUUUAACAUUUGACGAUGUCUGGGAUGUUGAUGAAAAGAGCAAAACCAAGACACUGCUCAGCAACUUCGAAAAAUACAUGCUAGGAGAUCUACAGAAGGCCAGACGAGCAUUCCAGAAACGACAACAAAAGAACUCGCAGAAGAACCCUGGAGCCAGGCUGCAUGGUUUGAACAAGAACCAGAGUCAAAGCCAAGAUGUCCUUGUGCUGGAGGAAACUAAAAAGAAGAAAAAGGAUUCUGGAAAAACAAAAGACUACCCCAAGUCCUGGUUGGUCAAGGCCCUCUUCAAAACUUUUUUUGUCACACUCCUGAAGUCAUUCCUACUGAAGAUAGUGUAUGACCUCUUGACAUUUUUAAAUCCUCAGCUGCUGAAAUGGCUGAUCUCUUUUGCAAAUAACGGUGGAGCAUACAUAUGGGUCGGAUAUGUCUAUUCCAUCCUCUUCUUCAUUGUGGCCCUCAUCCAGUCUCUCUGCCUUCAAGCUUACUUUAAACUGUGCUUCUUGCUGGGAGCAAAAGUGCGGACAACUGUUUUGGCUUCUGUUUAUAAGAAGGCGCUGACCCUAUGCAACCAAGCAAAGAAACAGUAUACUAUUGGAGAAACAGUGAAUCUAAUGUCUGUGGAUGCACAGAAGCUCAUGGAUGUUGCCAACUACAUCCACUUGGUGUGGUCAAAUAUUCUACAGAUCAGUUUAGCAAUCUAUUUCCUGUGGCAAGAGUUGGGACCUUCAGUCUUGGCAGGUGUCGGGUUGAUGGUACUCUUAAUCCCAGUUAAUGGGAUACUCGUCACCAAAAAUAGGGCUCUUCAGGUAAAAAAUAUGAAGAAUAAAGACCAACGGUUAAAGAUCAUGAAUGAGAUUCUCAGUGGAAUCAAGAUCCUGAAAUAUUUUGCUUGGGAGCCAUCAUUCAAAAAACAAGUCCACGAUAUUCGGAAUAAAGAGCUCAAGAAUCUGAUAGCCUAUGGGAAGAUACAUGCAGUAAUAGUGUUCCUUUUAUACUUAAGCCCUGUUCUGGUAUCUGUGACCACAUUUACUGUCUACACCCUGGUGGAUAGCAAUAACAUUUUGGAUGCAGAAAAGGCCUUCACCUCCAUCACCCUCUUCAAUAUACUACGAUUUCCUCUGAGCAUGUUUCCAAUGGUAGUCUCCUCCAUGCUCCAGGCUAGUGUUUCCAUAGAGCGACUUGAGAAAUACUUGGGAGGAGAUGACUUAGACACAUCAGCCAUUCGACAUGACUGCAAUUUUGACAAAGCUAUCCAGUUUUCUGAAGCUUCCUUUUCCUGGGACCUGGACUCGGAAGCCACAAUCCGAGAUGUGAACCUGGACAUCAUGCCAGGCCAUUUGGUGGCUGUGGUGGGCAGUGUGGGUUCUGGGAAAUCUUCCUUGAUAUCAGCCAUGCUGGGAGAAAUGGAAAAUGUCCACGGGCACAUUACCAUCAAGGGCACAACAGCCUAUGUCCCACAACAGUCCUGGAUCCAGAAUGGGACCAUCAGGGACAAUAUCCUUUUUGGAUCAGAAUUUGAGGAACGGAAGUACCAGAAAGUUAUAGAAGCUUGUGCCCUCCUCCCAGACUUGGAAAUACUGCCUGGAGGAGACCAGACUGAGAUUGGAGAGAAGGGAGUAAAUCUCAGUGGGGGCCAAAAGCAACGCAUCAGCCUGGCAAGAGCUGCCUAUCAGAAUUCAGAUAUCUACAUUCUGGAUGACCCUCUUUCGGCUGUGGAUGCUCAUGUAGGAAGGCAUAUUUUUGAUAAGGUCCUGGGACCUAAUGGCCUAUUGAAAGAUAAGACUCGACUCUUGGUUACACAUAGCAUUCACUUUCUUCCCCAAGUAGAUGAGAUUGUGCUUCUGGAGAAUGGCACCAUUGUGGAGCAGGGAUCAUAUAAUGCUUUAUUAGCCAAGAAAGGACUGUUUGCAAAGAAUCUGAAGACAUUCAUAAAACAGACAGGUGCUGAAGGAGAGGCCACAGUCAAUGAGGAUAGUGAAGGAGAAGACGACUGUGGACUGAUGCCCAGUAUGGAGGAAAUCCCUGAAGAUGCAGUGUCUUUGACCAUGAAAAGAGAGGAAAGUCUUCGUCGAACACUUAGCCGAAGUUCUAGGUCCAGUAGCAGGCAUCGGAAAUCCCUAAAAAAUUCUUUGAAAACUCAGGAUAUGUUUCCUCCUAAGAAGAAGGAAGAAAUAGUGAAAGGACAAAAACUAAUUGAAAAGGAAACCGUAGAAGCUGGAAAGGUGAAAUUCUCUGUCUACAUGAAAUACCUACAAGCAGUGGGAAAGAAUCUGAUAUUCUUCAUCUUCCUUGCCUAUACAAUCAAUUCUGUGGCAUUUAUUGGAUCCAACCUCUGGCUCAGUCUUUGGACCAGUGAUUCCAAAACCUACAAUGGCACUGAUUAUCCAGCCUCUCAGCGGGACAUGAGACUUGGUGUCUACGGAGCCUUAGGAGCAGCACAAGGCCUAUUUAUAUUAAUAGCAAAUAUCUUGAGUAUCUAUGGUUCCAAACAUGCAUCAAGCAUCCUCCACAAACAACUGCUGAACAAUAUCAUGCAAGCACCUAUGAGUUUUUAUGACACAACACCCAUAGGCCGGAUUGUGAACAGGUUUGCUGGGGAUAUCUCCACAGUGGAUGACACUCUUCCUAUGUCCUUGCGCAACUGGACUACAUGCUUCCUGGGGAUAAUCAGCACCCUUGUGAUGAUCUGCCUGGCUACUCCAGUCUUCGUCGUCAUCAUCGUUCCUCUUGCAGCCAUUUAUGUGUUUAUUCAGAUAUUUUAUGUGGCUAAUUCCCGUCAGCUGAGGCGUCUGGAGUCUGUCAGCAGGUCCCCAAUCUACUCUCACUUCAGCGAGACUGUAUCAGGUUUGCCUGUUAUCCGUGCCUUUGAGCACCAGCAGCGGUUUCUAAAACACAAUGAGAUACUAACUGAUGCCAACCAGAAAUGCACCUUUUCCUGGAUUGUCUCCAACAGGUGGCUUGCAAUUCGUCUGGAACUAGUUGGGAACCUGAUUGUCUUCUUAUCAUCUUUGAUGAUGGUUAUUUAUAAAGGAAGUAUACCUGGAGACAUUGUUGGCUUUGUCCUGUCCAAUGCACUCAAUAUCACACAAACUCUGAACUGGCUAGUGAGGAUGACAUCAGAAGUAGAAACCAACAUUGUGGCUGUGGAGAGAAUAAUCGAGUAUAUAAAAGUGGAAAAUGAGGCACCCUGGGUAACUAAGAAGAGGCCUCCAGAAGGUUGGCCCAGCAAAGGAGAGAUUCAGUUUAACAACUACCAAGUACGGUACCGGCCUGAGCUAGAUCUCGUACUAAAUGGGAUCACUUGUGACAUCAGGAGCUCAGAGAAGAUUGGUGUGGUGGGCAGAACAGGAGCUGGGAAGUCAUCCCUGACGAAUUGCCUCUUCAGAAUCCUAGAGGCUGCAGGUGGCCAGAUCAUCAUUGAUGGGAUAGAUAUUUCUUCCAUUGGGCUCCAUGACCUCCGAGAGAAACUGACCAUCAUCCCCCAGGAUCCAGUCCUGUUCUCUGGAACCCUGAGAAUGAAUCUAGACCCUUUCAACCACUACUCAGAUGAAGACAUUUGGAAGGCUUUGGAGUUGGCUCACCUCAAAUCUUUUGUGUCUGGCUUGCAACUCGGAUUGUCCUACGAAGUGGCAGAGGCUGGUGACAACCUUAGCAUAGGGCAGAGGCAGCUACUGUGUCUGGCUAGAGCUCUGCUUCGGAAAUCCAAGAUUCUGAUCAUGGACGAGGCCACUGCUGCAGUGGAUCUGGAGACAGACCACCUCAUCCAGACCACCAUCCAAAGCGAGUUCUCCCACUGCACAGUCAUCACCAUCGCCCACAGACUGCACACCAUCAUGGACUGUGACAAGAUAAUGGUCCUAGACAGUGGGAAGAUUGUACAGUAUGACAGCCCUGAGGAACUGCUGAAAAAACCAGGCCCCUUUUAUUUUAUGGCCAAGGAAGCUGGCAUUGAAAACACGAAUAGCAGCACAUCAUUCUGACCACAAGCCCCAUGGCUUAGAAGAAUAUCAGCAUCAUUCCUUAUUUAACUGUGUGUGUGUGUGCGCGCGCGUGCGCGUGUGCAUGCAUGUUUAAAGACUAGUGCCUGAAUACUCCUGUACCCACUACCCAAGUUAAGGAAGUGUUACCAGAGGCAUCUAAACCUCCUUGAUGGUCCCAUUUCGAUCUCACCUCUUGGCUAACCACCCACCCUACUCAAGAUAAAAACAACUCUGAAUCUUGUGCUAAUUAUUUCCAUACUUCCCAUUUUAGUUUGACCUUUUUGUAUCUAUCCAAAGUGUACUUUUGGAAAAGAUUUCUGUGACUGACUAUACUGCAUGCAUAUUCUUUUAUGAUUUGGUUCUUCUGUUUAGUGUUACAUCUGUGCUUUGCACCAUGUGCGCUUAACCCACUGCGCUACUGCCCGACUCCCUUAGUGUUACUCCCUUAGUGUUACAUCUGAGACUCAUCCACGCUCAUGAGGUUGGCUCUUCCUCACUGCUUUGUAGUGUGACAGUAUGCAAACAUGCUACAGUUGGUCUAUUUUAACACUGGUCAGCAGUAUAAUUAUGUUUCUUUUCCCCUCUACCGUGAACAAUGCUGUGAGGAUUCAGGUACUGAAAUUCUGAGAUACACAUUUAAGUUUCUUCAGGGCAUAACAUAGGAAUGGGGGUUGGACAUGUUCAUACGCAUGUACUAAGUAAUGACUUUUUCUUUGCCUCCAGGGUUAUUGCUGGGGCUCAGUGCCUACACUAUGAAUCCACUGCUCCUCUGACCAUUUUUCAAGUUUUUUGGAUAGUACAGAGAAAAAUUGAGAGGGGAAGGGAAAGUAGAGAGGGAGAGAGAAAAAUAGACACCUGCAGACAUGCUUCACUGCUUGUGAGGCAACUCCCCUGCAGGUAGGGAGCUGAGGGCUCAAACUGGGAUCCUUAUGAGGGUUCUUACAUUUCUUAUUAUAAGAAAGAGUUUAAUCUACAUUACAGUGCACAAGGACCCAGGUUCAAGUCCCUGGUCCCUACCUGCAGGGGAAAGCUUUGUGAGUGGUCAAGCAGGGCUGCAGGUGUCUCUCUAUCUUCCCCUUCCCCUCUGAAUUUGUCUCUGUCCAAUAAUAAAUUAAGAUAGUGGUCUGGAGGUGACACAGUGGAUGAAGCAUUGGAUUCUCAACCAUGAGGUCCCAAGUUCAAUCCCUGGGAGCACAUGUACCAGAGUCAUGUCUGGUUCUUUCUCUCUUUCCUCCAAUCAUUCUCAUGAAUAAAUAAAUAAAUAAUAAAUAAAUAAGAUAAUGAGUUAAGAAGGGGCCGGGUGGUGGUGCACCUGGCUGAGCGCACGUCACAGUGUACAAGGAGACGAUGCACCAGUGCUCAUGCGUUCUACUAGCUGAACCAUCUCCCAGUCCUGCUAUCCCUAUUUCAGAUAAGGAAGCUGAGGGACUGUUUAGUAAACUGCCAAGGUCAAUAAGCUUUCAAGCAUCAGAAGCCAGAAAGACUGACUCCAUAACAAGGGGUAAAGACUUGAGAGCUUACAGCCCUAGUUUUAAAUGUAGAAUCCAUCAAAAAUGUGGUAUGUGACUUGGGCAAAUCAUACUAGCACUGGAACUCAUUUUCCUACUUCAUAAAGUAAAAGCACUGGCCUUGAUAACCUG